AUGCGCAGCGAAGAAGUAGAGAAAACCGCGCCAAUUGUCAGUCUAAGGACCCCGCCAACUGCACUGUGCAUGCACGGCAGCAUGCUCGCAGUAUCGCACAAGUCGGGCGAGGUGUGCAGCGUCAACAUGGAAACAAUGGCAAAAAAAGUGCUCUCUAGAAACACGUCAGCAGCCACCGCGAUCUGCCACAUUGAGGGCAUUCUUCUGAUUGGCACCCGGAAGGGAGAAAUUAGAGUGGUUGUUGACAAAAGAGGAAAACAGCUUGCAAAAAGACACAGUGCCCAAAUUAUCUCCAUACACACCGUGAAGACAGAAAACGAUGAGACAGAGGUCCUAACGGCCUCGGCAGACCGAAAGGUGCUUGUGUGGAAGCUCGACAUAAGCGAGUUCAAGGGCGCGAAAGUAGUAAACCUUCUCUUUCUGAAAGCCCUGUACGGGCCCACCACGCCGAUAAAGUCUACCUCGCUUUCCGCAGGCAAGAGGCUUCUUUUGUGCACGUCAGAGAUCUCGGAAACCAUUCGCGUUUUCCGGCUGGAGAAAGACACGCAGCUUCUUUUCCAUCUAAAGCAGGGAUUUGCUGUGCUGGGCGCUUUUCUGGACAACGAGCGCUUCGUGGUUGUGUCAGACAAAAAUGUUCUGUACAUUUUCAACAUAAACAGAACAGAGCCAGACCAGGCGCUGGAGCUGCCGGAGUCCGGAGUCUCCGCGCUCUCCGUGCUCUCUGCGAAGAGGGCUUUGGUGGGCCUCUCCGACGGGCGCAUUCUGGACAUCCAGAUAGAGGAAACAGCUAGCAUCAAAAAAACGAUGUGUGUGAAUGCAAUCCCAAACGCCUUUUUACAAAGCGGGUCUUCCUUGUACGUGGCAGGCGGAAAAGAAGAAAAGCACGCGCGCUUCUUCAUUAACAAGACAGUGCGCAAUGGAGUCUUUAAGCUGGAAUAA